AUGGAGAGAGGAAAUGAGACGUCAACAACCGAUUUGAUUCUCCUGGGAUUCUCCCCCGAAAUUAGCCCUCCCAGCUUCCUCAUCUCCCUCACCCUCCUGAUCUACAUCGUCGCCGUCACCGGAAACACGGUCCUUAUCCGCCUGAUCUGGGCGGACCUCCGGCUCCACACCCCCAUGUACUUCCUGCUCGGCCAGCUCUCCCUCAUCGACCUGGCCCUCAUCUCCACCACCGUUCCCAAGAUGGCGGCCGACUUCUUCUCAGGCAGAAGGAGCAUCUCUCUUCCCGCCUGUGGAACCCAGAUUUUCUUCUUCCUGACCCUAGCCGGGGCCGAGUGUCUCCUCCUGACCCUCAUGUCCUUCGACCGUUCCGUGGCCAUCUGCCAUCCUCUGCGCUAUCCAGUCCUCCUGAACCGUGGGGUCCGCCAUCAGAUGGUCACUGGGUGCUGGGUUGGAGGCGCCGUCAACGCCUUGAUCCACACUCUCUACAUCACGCGUUUGCCCAUCUGUAACUCCAGGGAGAUCCACCAUUUCUUCUGCGAAGUUAUGACCUACCUGAAGCUCUCCUGUGAGGAGACCUCUUCCUACCAACUGGGCGUGUUGGGGGCCAGUGUGGUAUUCAUCCUCUUCCCCUUCGGGCUCAUCGUGGCCUCCUACGCCCUCAUCUUCUUCACCGUCCUGCGCAUGGACUCCCGAGAGGGGCGGAGGAAGGCUCUGACCACCUGCUCAUCCCACCUCACCGUGGUCACCCUCUACUUUGGCCCGGGGAUCUUCGUCUACGUGACGCCGCCAUCUUCCCACAGCCCCGAGCGGGACCAGGGCAUCUCUUUGUUCAGCACCAUCCUCACCCCGAUGCUGAACCCCCUCAUCUACAGCCUGAGGAACCAGGAGGUGUUAGGGGCUCUGAGGAGAGUGUUGGGAAAGUGCCCAUCCUCAGAGUAG